AUAUGAUGGCCAUCCUGUCCAUGCUCCUUCCUCUUUUAUAUGUAUGUUGUAUGGUUUUUUUUACUUGUAUGAUUUUGGAACACUAGAAAGACAAAAUAUGUUCUCCUUCCUCUUUCAUCAGUUUCUGCUUUUGGCAAUUUCACAGAGAAUCUUAGGAAACUAGCACUAUUUCAAGACCCUCUUCAUGACUCGGAGACUUUAGAGGGAGUGAGUCUAUUAGAUAAAGCGUAAAAAAAGAAAAACAAAAGGAGAAAUAUGAUGUUGUAUGUCUUCUUCUACCCUGCGAAAUUUACAACACCAUCCGUCCGUCGUCGUUGACGGUUGACCCCUUUUCCGCCAUAAAAUACCAACGCCCUGUUUCUGCCUUUUUUUUUUUUUUUUUUUUUUUUUUUNUUUUUUUUAUUUUGUUGUUGUUGUUGCAUCGAAACCAUUCCUUGUGUGCUUGGGAGAGAUGAAGACUUCCUCCUAGGUGUUUUUGAAGAUCCUCCUGGCGUUUUUCUUCGACCUCCGCCUUUGGAUCUGAUGGAAUCACAACCUCAGAGAUCUUCUGAUGAUGAUGGUCACCCCAUGGAUAGGGAUAGCAACUCCAUCCCAUCUUCGGCGUGUAAUCUAUGCGGAAGAGUUGUUCAAUCUGCUUCCGAUGAUGAUCUUGAAAUCUUUAGCUUAUGUGUAGACUGUAAGUUUUUGUUGCUUGAAGAUUUCGGCACCCCUGCCCUUCCCCCCCUGGCCCGGAGGCAGACUCCUAGUAGUACUAGAAGAAGAAGAAGGAGGAGGAUGAUGAGAAGGAGAAGUAGAAGUAGGCACGACAGCUCUGAGUCUGUCGGUGAUCUUUCCACCCAACAACAAUUCACACACUUGAUAAGCAUCGCAAGACAAAGCCUUUCAACUGUUCUUGCUAGUGAUGACCAGCGAACUAGCUCCCAUACCACUCCUACCGGUUCGACAAGAUGGCCACUUUUCUCAGAAUCUGAAAGUGACGAUUUUGGCAACUUUGGCGAAACCGAUUCAAACGCUAGUUUUAGCCUCUACAGGUUCUCCCAUGGUGAUAAUAGGGAUGAUGCCAUUUCUUUUAGUGCUUACGGUGGUGGGGAGUCUGAUGCUUCCACGGACAGGCAUCCGGAAAUCUUUGUUCACCCAGACGACAGGAGCGACAUUGACGUUGACACUGAUAUAGACCCGAUGCAUGCUGGUCUUAACCAGUGGAACUCAGACGAAGACGACAGGGAAUGGGACGAAGGAGCGGAUCCAUCUGGGGUUGCCCGAACACGGUAUCAAAAUUAUUUGGCAAGUCCAAGUGAGAGCUACAGCUCCAUGACUCGGUUUGAUUCACCUGAAUUGGAGAGAGGGUUUCGUCAAAGAAUUAUAGAGAGGAGGCAGGCGCUAUCUCGCAACAUCUUCACUGGUUUGGAGGAUAUGGAGUUCUCCCCUUAUGCUGCAAAUGUUGAUGAUUAUCUUGAUGAGAGGGGCUUUGAGGAACUGCUUGAGCAACUUGCCGACGCUGACAAUUCCAGAAGAGGUGCACCACCUGCAUCGCUGACUUGCGUCAGGAAUCUUCCAAAGGUUGUCAUUGGGGAGGAGCAUGUAAAGAAGGGACUAGUCUGUGCUAUCUGCAAAGAGCUUUUCACCCUCGGCAAUGAAACCACGCAGCUUCCGUGUCUACAUCUAUACCAUGCUCAUUGUAUCGUACCUUGGUUGAAUGCCCGUAACUCUUGUCCGCUCUGCCGUUACGAGCUCCCAACAGAUGAUAAAGAUUACGAGGAGGGAAGGCAGAAUGUACUGGAUGUGAGCGAGGAUAGCUCCUCCUCUGAUGCUGGCACAGACGCGGGAGAAGAGGAAUAUGUUGAGAGCGAGCCUGGUGUGAGCAGAGUUAGCAGAGGAAGAUGGCUGUUCCUGGCUGCUGCACCAGUGGUGGGUCUGGUUGGCGUUGUGUUGGCAAUGUGGCUAAGCAACCCACAGAGGAGGGAUAUAGCAGUCUCUCAUAGCCAAAGGGGGAACAGAACCAGAAGAUGGCUGCCGUUUUUCUGACUGAUACCCAGUUCCCUUGUAACUCUAGAAUCUCUCAGACCCUAAAAGAUACUUGAGUUUUUUUAUCUGCUGUUUAUUGACUUAUAUUGUUUCCACAUGUUAGUUUAAUUGAAGUUUAACCAAAGUUGUGCUGUGUGUCGUGUGUUUCAAAUAAAUAUUAUUUGAUAUAUCCAGAGAAAAAAAGGGAGUCCCAUCAGGCAUCAGUUGAUAGAAGUUAUAAAGUUACAUUUACACAGGAAUUAAAUAAAAAAACUUUGGAUGCUGACAAAAAGAAAAGGAAAAAAAAAAA